CAAACAACAUUCCCAGACCCGAAACCCUUUCCCGGGAAUUUCCCGUGCGUUUCCCGCCAUCCGUACACUCUUAAUUGAGUCAAGUCUAUAUCCAAAGCUGUGUUUCCUUCACUCCCUUUACAUCGCUCUCUCUCUCUCUCUCACGCGCGCGAGCACACUGAGAGAUUGGUUUACAGCAAUGGCACCGUCGCGGCGCCAGAGCAGUGGUCGAUCGCCACUCGUCAAUCCGCAGCGCCAAAUCACUUCGUUCUUCUCCAAAACGGCGUCGUCUCCUUCUCCGACUCUUUCCAAGCGAAGCCCUAAAACUGUUCCUGAUUCAGUCCCUAAAAACCCUAAAUCCAAUCCCAAUCCUAGUCCAAGCUCGAGCCCUGGCCCCACCACCCCUUCCCCUCUCCAAUCCAAGCCCAAGAAGCCCAUCCUGGUCAUCGGCGGAUCUCCGUCGACUCCCGUUGAGAAGAGAUCCUACGGCGAGGAUGUUGCGGGAAGGAGGAUCAAGAUCUAUUGGCCGUUGGAUCAGGCCUGGUACGAAGGUUCUGUGAAAUCAUUUGACAAGGAUGCUAACAAGCAUUUGGUUCAGUACGACGACGCUGAGGAGGAGUUGUUGGAUUUGGAGAAGGAGAAGAUUGAGUGGGUCGACGAGAGCGUCAAGAAGAAACUGAAGAGGUUGCGACGGGGUUCUUCGGAUUCGAAGGAUGGUGAGGAGGUAGAGAUCGUUAAGGAGGAGGAGGAGGGUGUUAAGGAGUUCAAGCGGUCGCGGCGGCGAGGUGGGAGGGUUGUGGUUGAGGACGAGGACGAGGAGGUGGAGAGUGAUGGCGGUGGCGGUGGUGAUGGUCAUGAUGAUUCUAGCGAUGAGGAUUGGGGGAAGAAUGUGGAGGAAGAGGUGGUUGAGGAUGGUGAGGAAGAUAUGGAUUUGGAGGAAGAAAAUGAAGGGGUGAAGGGGUCGAAAGCAAAGCGUGAUGGAUUGAAGAAGCGGAAGGUGAGCGAGGGAGAGAAGUUGGGGUCUGCUAAGAAGAGUAAGAAUGGUAGUGGUGGUAGUGGUGGGGGUGUGGGUAAGGGAGGGUUGAAGGUUUCUUCGGUGGAGCCUGCUGGUAAUGGUGGGAAGGCAUCUAACGACCUUGGUAAUGCCCUAAUGGGUGAUGCUGCAGAAAGGUUUGGUAUGCGUGACGCUCAAAAGUUUCGCUUCCUUGGGGAGGAACGUAGGGAUGCAAAAAGAAGACGUCCGGCGGAUGCAAGUUAUGAUCCGAGGACACUUUACUUGCCUCCUGAUUUUAUAAAGAGUUUAUCAGGUGGUCAGAGACAAUGGUGGGAGUUCAAGUCAAAGCAUAUGGACAAGGUUUUGUUUUUCAAGAUGGGAAAAUUUUAUGAACUUUUUGAAAUGGAUGCACAUAUUGGAUCAAAAGAGCUUCACUUGCAAUAUAUGAAGGGAGAACAACCACAUUGUGGAUUCCCAGAAAAGAACUUCUCAAUGAACGUGGAAAAAUUGGCUAGAAAGGGUUAUCGAGUUCUUGUUGUAGAGCAGACAGAAACCCCUGAACAGCUAGAGUUUCGUCGCAAAGAGAAAGGUUCCAAGGAUAAGGUUGUGAAACGUGAAAUAUGUGCCGUGGUUUCUAAAGGAACACUGACUGAGGGAGAGAUGCUGUCAGCAAAUCCUGAUGCUUCUUACCUAAUGGCAAUAGCUGAAGGCUGUCAGAGAUUGGUGAACCAAAAUGCAGACCGUAUUUUUGGUGUUUGUGUUGUUGAUGUUGCUACCAGCAGGGUUAUUCUUGGUCAGUUUGGGGAUGAUACAGAGUGCACUGCCUUGUGCUGUCUCUUGUCUGAGUUAAGGCCGGUGGAAAUUGUAAAACCUGCCAAACAGCUCAGCCCUGAAACAGAGAAAGUAUUGCUGAGACAUACAAGAAAUCCUUUAGUGAAUGAGUUAGUUCCACUCUUGGAAUUCUGGGAAGCUGAGAAAACUGUGCAUGAAGUCAAAAGCAUCUACAGCCGGAUUGUUCAAGAGUCAGUUUCUGGAUCUUUAACUGAGUACCUACCAGAUGUUCUUUCAGAGCUAGUGAGGGCAGGCGAGAAUGGCACCUGUGCACUUUCAGCUCUUGGGGGCACCCUUUUCUAUCUUAAGCAGGCUUUCCUGGAUGAGACAUUACUUCGUUUUGCAAAGUUUGAGCUACUUCCAUGCUCUAAUUUCGGUAAUAUUGUCUCAAAACCAUACAUGGUUCUUGAUGCAGCUGCCCUGGAGAAUCUUGAGAUUUUUGAGAAUAGCAGAAAUGGAGACUCAUCAGGGACGCUCUAUUCCCAAUUGAACCAUUGUGUGACAGCCUUUGGGAAGAGGUUGCUGAAAACAUGGUUGGCAAGACCUUUAUAUCAUCCAGAGUCGAUUAGGGAACGCCAAGAUGCUGUUUCAGGUUUACGGGGAGUUAAUCUAGCUUUUGCACUUGAAUUUCGAAAAGCAUUGUCCAGGCUGCCCGACAUGGAGCGGUUACUUGCACGUGUUUUUGCUAGCAGUGAAGCAAAUGGAAGGAAUGCCAACAAAGUGACUCUAUAUGAGGAUGCAGCAAAAAAGCAGCUUCAAGAGUUUAUAUCGGCUUUACGUGGUUGUGAAUUGAUGGCCCAAGCAUGUUCUUCGCUUGGUGUUAUUUUGGAAAGUGUUGAAUCUAGAGUGCUUCAUCAUUUGUUAACACCUGGUAAUGGUCUCCCUGACAUCCAUUCAGUUAUAAAUCAUUUCAAGGGUGCCUUUGAUUGGGUGGAAGCCAAUAAGUCAGGACGAAUAAUCCCCCAUGAAGGAGUUGAUGCAGAGUAUGACUCUGCCUGUAAAAAAGUUAAGGAGUUUGAGUUGAGUUUAACAAAACACCUCAAGGAACAGCGUAAACUACUUGGAGAUGCAUCUAUUACAUAUGUCACAGUUGGAAAAGAGGCAUACCUCUUAGAAGUACCAGAAAGUUUGCGUGGAAGCAUUCCUCGUGAUUAUGAGUUACGAUCAUCUAAAAAGGGCUUCUUCAGGUAUUGGACUCCAAAUAUCAAGAAGUUGUUGGGAGAGCUCUCACAAGCUGAAUCUGAAAAGGAAUCCUCGUUGAAAAGCAUUUUGCAGAGGUUAAUAGGACAUUUCUGUGAACAUCAUGAUAAGUGGAGACAGUUGGUUUCUGCUACUGCAGAGCUGGAUGUUUUGAUCAGUCUAGCAAUUGCAAGUGACUAUUAUGAAGGGCCAACGUGCCGGCCAAUUAUAUUAGGCUCAUCAAAUCCAGAUGAAGUUCCAUGCCUUUCUGCGAAAAAUUUGGGACAUCCUGUUCUUAGAAGUGAUUCUUUAGGCAAGGGUGCAUUUGUCCCCAAUGACGUUUCGAUUGGCGGUUCUGAUCAUGCCAGCUUCAUCCUUCUCACUGGUCCUAACAUGGGUGGUAAAUCAACUCUUCUUCGCCAAGUUUGCUUGGCUGUAGUUUUGGCCCAGGUAGGAGCAGAUGUUCCUGCAGAAAGCUUUGAGUUGUCACCUGUGGACCGAAUAUUUGUUCGGAUGGGUGCCAAAGAUCAUAUUAUGGCAGGCCAAAGUACAUUUUUAACAGAACUUUCAGAAACUGCAUUAAUGCUGUCUUCGGCAACACGUAAUUCACUGGUGGCACUAGAUGAACUUGGACGCGGAACAUCAACUUCAGAUGGACAAGCCAUUGCUGAAUCAGUCCUUCAACAUUUUGUUCACAAAGUGCAGUGUCGAGGAAUGUUUUCUACUCACUAUCACCGAUUAGCUGUUGACUAUCAGAAAGAUCCCAAGGUUUCACUCUGCCAUAUGGGAUGCCGAGUUGGAAAUAAAGUUGGAGAUGUGGAAGAAGUUACAUUUCUUUACAGGUUGACACCCGGUGAAUGCCCUAAAAGCUAUGGUGUCAAUGUUGCGUGGUUAGCUGGACUUCCUGAUUCCGUACUUCAAAAAGCUGCUGCUAAAUCGAUAGAAUUUGAGGGUGCAUAUGGUAAACACCAGAAGAAAUUUGAAGAUGAUUUGUCCCAUCAAAGUUUGGUUGACGAAAUGGUAGUAUUUGUCCGAAAGUUCAUGGAUACUGCAGCAAAUUUGAGUUGCCACAAGUCUCCUGAGAGCAUAGGCACUAGCUCCCUGACUGAACUUCAACAUAGAGCACAAAUACUUCUGCAGAAAGGUUGAACUGAUUGAAAAUAUUGCAUUGUGAGAGUUGGUAGCCCCUCAGCAGUUAAUGAUGUAUAUAGAAUCUACCUUGGCCGGUGCCAAGUCAUUGCCAAUUUUGUUGGAGCACAGCUUUCAUAUUUCAAAAGCGCCAUAUGAGGUAAAUUUCUGCCUGCGCUUGAUACAACAUGUGAUACAGAAUCAAACGACUCAAGUCUAACCCGAUUUCCAUCAGACUUGCUAGUAAGUUGGACUAGCCAACAUUUUUGUACAGAAAUCAUGUGAGAAAGGAUUUCAAAGCAAGAUUAGUUGUUUAUGCCUGAAUUGGAAGGAGGGUGAUUUUUCUAUUGUAAACAACAAUCGAAUGUCAAUGUCAACGUAGUGGGUUCAACUUUUACCCAACAAACCAAAUGGUUGUUGGCCUUUUGCUCA